AUGCUGCAAUCUGGACAUCAAGCCAGGCGGAAACUCAAUCAACUAAAAAAUGGAGAGGCAAGAGCAGCUAAUGAAAACCACCGCCUCUACUCCAAUGCAAAGGCAAAAAUAAACGUAAACCACCUGGCUGGCCUGUUUGACUUUAGACUGGGGUGGAUUACAGCAAAAAAGACACAUAAGCACCUGCAACAGCUGUGGAGGGCUCCCGGAGCGGGCUGGGCUCGGGCUGGGCUCGGGCUCGGGCUCGGGCUCGGGCUCGGGCUGGGCUCGGGCUCGGGCUCGGGCUCGGGCUCGGGCUCGGGCUCGGGCUCGGGCUGGGCUCGGGCUCGGGCUCGGGCUGGGCUCGGGCUCGGGCUCGGGCUCGGGCUCGGGCUCGGGCUGGGCUCGGGCUCGGGCUCGGGCUCGGGCUCGGGCUCCGCACGGAGCGGGGCGGGCGCUGCUCGGCGGCGGCGGGGCCGACACGUGGCACCGCGCCCCGCGAGCGGCCCCGCCCCCCGCGAGCCGCUGGCUGCGUCUGAUUGGGCGCCGACCGCCGACUACAACUCCCGGCAGGCCCCGCGGCCCGGGGCGAGGCGGUGUCUCUCUCAGUUCCUCGGUGGCGCGGUCGGAGGUGACGGGACGCUGUCGGUGCCGUGA